ACUCACUAAGCACGCCAAGUCAGAUUUUUUUUCUAUCAGUUCUUUACGUGAAAAAAAUUAUUGGAAAAAUAACUUUUAUUUUUAUACAAAAAUAAUACAAUUUUUUAGAAACAAACAAAAUGUAUUUAGUUUAUAAUUAACAAAAGUUUUUAUGGUUAAUAAUUUACAUGUCAAGAUAAAAAGUUAAAAUACUUUAAGAAUAAUUCUCAACAAAAAAAAAAGAAAAAAGUGUAAUAGAGACAAGCAAAAGCCAUCUUUUGCAACUGUCAUAGAGAUUUUUUAGAACACAACAACACAAAGCAUUUUAGGCAACAGAAAACAAAACCACUAGGAAAGGAAAAACAAAAAUGCCAUCCAAAAAGAAGAAAUAUAAUGCACGUUUUCCAGCGGGCCGUAUCAAAAAGAUCAUGCAAAGUGAUGAAGAAGUUGGAAAAGUGGCCCAAGCUGUUCCCAUUAUAAUUUCUAGAACAUUAGAGCUUUUCGUCGAUUCGCUACUAACAAAAACCCUUAAAAUAACCAACUCUCGAAAUGCCAAGACACUGUCUACAUCCCACAUGAAACAGUGCAUUAUGUCGGAACAACGUUUUGAUUUUCUGCGUGAACUGGUACGUAAUAUACCCGAUAUAAGUGUUGCCGAAGAGGCGGCUAAUUAUCAAGAAGAGGAUAAUCAAAGUUCACCAGAAGAACAAUAUCCAGAUUCGGAUACACCAUACGAUUUAAGUAUGCCCUCGACAUCGUUAAGAGCUGGACGUCAACAACAACAACAACAGCAUACAAUUUCAAAUGGCCACAAUGGUGGAGGACAUCAUGCAACACAAGUGCAUGCUGCUCAUCAACCCCAUGAGUAUCAAAGAAAUUAUUUAAAACGUUCAAUGAGUUCGAAUCCCAGUUCGGUUAUAAGACAUACAACAGCGAUGGCUCAAACAAAUGUUGAUUGUUUGCCAGCCAAAUUAGCACGUUCCGAUUCAACACCAGUUCCUCAACAACAGCAGUUGUCUACGGCAGCGUCGCUAACAACAGUACAACAUCCCCGACUGAAACAUCAAUCAUACUCAAUGCCGACGCAUAUGGAGAACAGUAAUAAUAAUAACAACAACAACAAUAACAAUAAACCAAAUACCCAAACCCCUCUAAAAACGUUACGUACACCCUCGCAACAGACUGCCAUACCUGCGCCUAUUGUUAACAUCGAUUAUUGCAGUAAGCCAGUAGUUAAAAUAGACUAUAGUAAUCUGCCGUUAGCAGGUGUAACGGCGUCAGCCAAUGCAGUGGCUGCACCCUUGAGUGCACCUGCCAAUAUAGCUAGUACGGCCUUUAAUUUCUCAGCCGAACCAGUCAUCAAUAUAGAUCUGUCCAAUAUAGUGGCCUCACCCACAUCAGCUAUACCCAGCAUGGCUACUAUAAGUAUUGGUACUCCAACCUUACCGCCGCCACCAAAAUUACCAGCAUCAUCGUCAUCAGCAUCAUCUUGCACAGCCCCAUCAACAUUAACAACUUCGUCAUCAUCAUUAUCAUCAUUAAUUAAUAAAACAAAACCUUUAACAGCUAAAACAGCUGUUGUUGAACAACAAUCUCGUAAUUCCAAAGCUGCAAUGGCGGAGCCAUUCAAUUCUACUUCUUCUUCUUCUACUACAAAUACUACCAAGGCUACGGCACUAGCUGCUGCAGUUGCUGCCGCCACAACCAUGACUACAACGAUUUCAGCGACAAAAAGUGAUUCAUAUUUAGACAUGGACGAAGAUUAUGACAAUAUUUAAAACAAAAUUAUAAUAAUAAUCCAAAAAUUAUAUUAAAAAAAAAAACAUUCAUUUAACAUACAAUCCCAAGGUAAUUUUAAGUUAUAACUACAUUUUUUCUUCUUAUUUUAUACAUAUGACCCCACUUUUCUAUUUCUAAACUUUAGUUGAUUUCGUUAAAUAUUUCUCUUUUUAAUUUUUCACCAUCUAUUUGAAUUUUUAUUAUUUAUAUUUAUAUCCUUGUUUAGCAAGGAUUUAAUAAAGAAAUUUUUAAUUGUAUGUUAUUUAAAUAUUGUA